AUGGACAAGCAGACCGGAACCAACGCCAAUGGCAAGGAGGCCAAGGAUGGCAGCGGCUCUGACAACUCUGGCAAGGCCGACGACGGCAAGAUUGCUGAGGCCGUGCUGAAGGUCAUCACGCGCCCGGCCCGUCGCGCCCCCAGAAAGAGAGUUGGCGAUGCUUCUCAACUCGACACGGCGGACGACGAUAAGUACGACGACGCCUGGCUGCCUGAGUACGAUGAGGGCCCUGCCGACGAGAAGAUCGUCGAGGAGGAGUGGGUUGAGGUGAAGAAGCCCAAGCCGACUCGCUAG